UGAUUGUCACCUGGGUGACGCAUACUCCCGUAAAAGAAUCGGAAUCGAAAUAUUAAUUUCAUCUUUUUACGCGUAAUAAGUGAAUAAUCUUUGCAUCGUGUUGUUUAUUUAGCAUUUAUUAGGGUAAUAGGACAAUCAGAAUGAGUUUUCUUGGUAAACUCUUCGGCGGGAAGAAAGAGGAGAAGGGUCCGUCGACACAUGAAGCGAUUCAGAAAUUACGUGAGACCGAGGAGUUGCUGCUUAAAAAACAGGAGUUUCUAGAAAAGAAAAUCGAAUUAGAAAUACAGACAGCUAGGAAAAAUGGCACGAAGAACAAGCGAGCGGCGAUCGCAGCCCUAAAACGCAAGAAGCGCUACGAGAAACAACUGACACAGAUCGAUGGUACGCUCACACAGAUCGAGGCGCAAAGGGAGGCGCUGGAAGGUGCAAACACUAACGCUCAAGUGCUGAACACUAUGCGCGAUGCGGCUAAUGCUAUGAAGCUCGCGCAUAAGGAUAUCGACGUCGACAAAGUACACGACAUAAUGGACGACAUAGCGGAACAGCACGACAUUUCCCGCGAGAUCACCGACGCCAUUAGCAACAAUGUGGCCUUCCCCAACGAUAUCGACGAGGAUGAACUGGAGAAGGAGCUUGAGGAGUUGGAACAGGAGGAUCUGGACAAGGAAAUGCUCGGUAUCAACGUACCAACGGACAAACUGCCCGACGUGCCCACCUCCGAGCUCGUGCACGACAAGCCCAAGCCCAGCAAGUCCAAGCAGGCUGAGGAUGACGACGAGUUGGCACAGUUGCAGUCCUGGGCUACAUAAUGCGAUGCACGCAACUCGUGUAUUUGUGAUAUCUAUAGGUAUUGUAUAGCUGCUCGCUUUGUUUCAGUAUUUGUGGGGAUAAUGGAUCUAAAGGCCAAUUUACUGAUAACAUAAACGUCCGUUUUUCUCAUAAUAAGUGA